AUGAGGCUGGUGUGGAAGUCCCUGGACAAGAUGAGGUGUUUCCGUAAACGCUCCACCAUCCCCUUCCUGGUGGUCCUGAUCACAUGUCUUCUGUUCUUCAACCUGUACAUGGAGGAUGGAUACGUCUUGGAGGCGGGUAAAAGACAGCUGAUGCAUCCUUCAAACUCUGAGAGAUAUGUUCACAACUUUAGAGACCUCACGAAUUUCUCUGGAACCAUAAACGUCACAUAUCGUUACCUCGCUGGGAAUCCACUGCCCCGGAAAAAAUAUCUAACCAUUGGGUUGUCAUCUGUGAAAAGAAAAAAAGGGAAUUACCUCAUGGAGACGAUCAAAUCCAUUUUUGACCAGUCCAGUUAUGAGGAACUGAAAGAGAUUGUGGUGGUGGUUCACCUGGCAGACUUUGACCUGGCCUGGUGUGAAAAGCUGGUGCAGGACAUCUCCAGGAAGUUUGCCCACCACAUCAUCGCUGGACAUCUCCUGGUGAUCCAUGCCCCUGAGGAGUACUACCCAUCACUGGAUGGGCUGAAAAGGAACUACGACGACCCAGAGGACAGGGUACGCUUCCGCUCCAAGCAGAACGUGGACUACGCCUUCCUUCUCAACUUCUGCACCAACCUCUCAGAUUUUUACAUGAUGCUGGAGGACGAUGUGCUCUGCUCAAGGAACUUCCUGACAUCCCUGAAGAAGGUGGUCACCUCCAGGGAAGGCUCCUACUGGGUGAUGCUGGAAUUCUCCAAGCUUGGCUACAUAGGGAAGCUCUACCACUCAAGAGACCUGCUGCGCCUGGUCCACUUCCUGCUCAUGUUCUACCAGGAGAUGCCUUGCGACUGGCUCCUUAUUCACUUCCGGGGCCUGUUGGCCCAGAAAAAUGUGAUCCGCUUCAAGCCCUCUCUGUUCCAGCACAUGGGCUACUACUCCUCAUAUAAGGGGACAGAGAACAAGUUGAAGGAUGAUGACUUUGAAGAGGACCCUAUUGAUAUCCCUGACAACCCUCCUGCCAGCCUGUACACUAACAUUAAUGUAUUUGAAAACUAUGACGCCACCAAGGCUUAUAGCAGUGUGGACGAAUACUUUUGGGGGAAACCCCCCUCUACCGGGGACUUCUUUGUCAUUGUCUUUCACGAACCAAGCAAUAUUAGUAAUAUCAAAAUCUUGACAGGAACGGACGAUCGUCAGAAUGAUAUCCUGCACCAUGGAGCUCUGGAAGUAGGAGAGAAGCUGGUGGGGACAAAGAGAGGAAGGCAGUGUUCUUCCUACAUCACGUUAGGGGAGUUUAAAAAUGGCAACAUUGACGUUCAAGACGUGGACCACAAGAUUGCCUUUGACAUCCAGUGUGUUCGUAUUGUGGUGACUGCCAGUCAGAAUGAAUGGCUGAUUAUUAGGAAAAUAAGUCUGUGGACGACAUAGUUGGCACACAGAGGGCCCAUAC